AAGCCGGGGGGCGGUCCCAGCCCGGGCCUCGCUUGCAUAAGAGCUUGGCGGACGGCCCCACCCCAGCCAGUCGCUGCCGCCGCCGCCGCCGUUUGCUGUGUCCAAGGGAGAUCCGCCCAGGAAGAUGUCUGACGGUUUUUCGCUCUCCGAUGCCAUCUCCGGGUCUAACAACCAGAACCCAAAUGCACCACCUGCUUCUUGGGGAAACCAGCCUGGGGCAUACCCUGGCGCACCAGGUGGAUACCCCGGCGCACCUGGAGCAUACCCCGGAGCACCUGGAGCGUACCCCGGAGCACCUGGAGCGUACCCCGGAGCACCUGGAGCGUACCCCGGAGCACCUGGGGCAUACCCCGGAGCACCUGGGACAUACCCCGGAGCACCUGGGACAUGCCCUGGAGGACCCGGAGUAUACCCUGCAGUACCGGGAUCUUUCCCUGCGUAUCCUGGAGGGCCACCCGCACCGCGCUCGACCGAGUCCUCAUCUGGGACCUUUCCUUCCGACACAUCAGGAAUGUAUCCUACCCCUGGGCAGCCGUCGGGUGGUGGCGCACAGCCCAAUGCCCCACAGAUUGCACCUUCUGCCCCGUUGAAAGUCCCCUGUGAGAUUCCAUUACAGUCAGGGUUGAUGCCUCGCUUGUUAAUAACCAUAGUCGGGACGGUGAAUCCGAGACCCAACAGAUUCACGGUGGACUUGAAGAAAGGAAAUGACAUCGCCUUACACAUUAACCCCCGCUUCAACGAGGAUGGCAGGAAAGUCAUUGUGUGCAACACCAUGCUCCACAACAACUGGGGGAAGGAAGACCGCACAGCCCCCCGGUUCCCUUUCGAGGCCGGGAAACCUUUCAAGAUCCAGAUCUUGUGCGAAGCCGAUUGCCUGAAGGUUGCCGUCAACGACGCCCACCUGAUGCAGUAUAACCACCGCGUCCGAGAGCUGAACCAGAUCACCAAGCUGUGUGUGGCUGGCGACAUCACCCUCACCAGCAUCACCCCUACCAUGAUUUAAUUUCAGGCUCGCCCCACAGCUUUAUGCUCGGUCGACGUGUUUAAAUCCGCUUUCUUGCAAAGGCUCCCGGGGCCCCUUGAAGUUUGUAGGCAACCGUCAUAAAUAAAUGAGGGUCGAGCCAAACAAAA